AUGGAAAAAAAGGAGCAUGUGAUAAUUGAUGCCACAGGACAGGUGGCAGGAAAGCUUGCAGCAAAGGUUGCCAAGCUCCUCCUUGAGGGAGUCCGGGUGACUGUUGUGUGUGCUGAGGAAGCAGUGUUUGUUGGAAGCCUAGAAAGGGCCAUGGAUAAGUUCAAGCAAUAUCUUAAUAAGAGAUGCCUUGUCAACCCAAGGAGAGGGCCAUUCCAUUUCCGUGAGCCAAGGAUGCAUCUCGCAAAGAUAAUCAGAAGGAUGAUCUCCUAUAAGAAGCCCAGAGGAAAGGCUGCAAUGAGCAGACUUGCCACUUAUGAAGGGAUUCCGAGAGAGCUCGAGGGCCAGCCAAGGUAUAAGGUUACCUGUGCAUUUGUCAAGUACACAGGCAACCCCAACAGAUAUGUUACCCUUGGAAAGCUUCUGAGCAUGUUUGGAUGGAAGCAUGCGGAGGCGGCUAAAAGCCUCACUGACGAACUGAAGGAAAGAGAGAGCCUGGCAUCCUUGCAGAAGAAGGAUCUCGAUAAGAAGAUCGAAGAGCUAAAGACGGACAAGAACUUUGAGAACGAGGUGAACAGAAGAUUAGCAAUGCUUGCAUGA